GCCCGGGCCGGGCGCUCGGCGAGGCCCGGCGGCGGCGGCGGCGGCCAGGGAGCCCGGGAGGCGGCGGCGGCGGCGAGGCCGCUCCACCGCACACGCACACACAGACCCCGGCAGCGGGAACGCAGAUGACACGCCCGUAACAUGGAAGCCGCCGCCGCCGCCGCCGCCGCUCCGACGACAGCAGCAGCAGCCACAGCAGCAGCCGCCGGCGGCGCCGCGCUGAACAAAGGUCAUCCGAGCUGCGGCCCAGACGCCCAGGCUUGACCGCCGCGAAGGCCAACCCCGGGAAGGGGCGAGGGUUGCCAUAGCUUUUUUAUGUAGGGUGACCAGAACCGGCUGAAACUGGUUUGAGGCAGAUCAGCUCCUGAACACAAUGCAGUCACUGAGCUACUACAGUAGGAUAGCAGCUUCCUCCCUUCAUGGCAGCCAAAAGCAGAGGAGCUUGCAGGAAGGUACCAUCCCUACACAGUAUGUGAAUGCACACUUAGACACCACACAGCACUGGUACGUGACUAAUGGAGCCCUAAAAGAUUCUGGGUAGAGAAGAUGGAAAAAAAGGUGCAGGUUUGCAGGGUCUGAGAUUACUUGGGCUUUUCCUGCCUUUUUCUUUUGCUUAAGGGAUGGACAAGGAGCUGAGAUUUAUGACCCUUAUUAGAGAAAAAAAUGUGCCUUGCUAGGGUGGGGACACUUGGUUGAUGGAGUCUCUCUCUCUCUCUUUCUCGGUGUUUUUAACAAAACAAAACCAAAGUGAACUGAGGGGUUUGUAAUGGUAGUUUGUUUGUUGCUGGAGAAUGCUACUUUGCAUGCUUUUUUUCUCUUGCAGGGUAUGUUCUGUUUUGUGCUUUUUCUUUUAGAAGCUACUAAAGGGUGUUGGGGAUGCUUCUGACUAUUAUGAAGGCCAAAAGGCCUGUUGACUGAGGCUGCUUUUAACCCUUUCCUAUUUGCUGAGAAUGCAGCCGUGUGACAGUAACUGAACAUUGGUCUAAAGUCUUUCCAAAAGGUCAAGGUUCACAAGAACAUCUGCUCAAAUUCAUGACCAUGGGGGAUAUGAAGACCCCAGACUUUGAUGACCUCCUGGCAGCAUUUGACAUCCCAGAUAUGGUCGAUCCUAAAGCAGCUAUUGAGUCUGGACACGAUGACCAUGAAAGCCACAUGAAACAGAACGCUCACGGAGAGGAUGACUCCCACGCACCAUCAUCUUCUGACGUGGGUGUCAGCGUUAUCGUCAAGAAUGUUCGGAACAUCGACUCGUCCGAGGGCGGGGAGAAAGACGGCCACAACCCCACCGGCAAUGGCCUCCAUAAUGGGUUUCUCACAGCGUCCUCCCUGGACAGUUACAGUAAAGAUGGAGCGAAGUCCUUGAAAGGAGAUGUGCCUGCCUCUGAGGUGGCUCUGAAAGACUCGACGUUCAGCCAGUUUAGCCCGAUCUCCAGUGCUGAAGAGUUUGACGACGAUGAGAAGAUCGAGGUAGAUGACCCUCCUGACAAGGAGGAUGUGCGAUCAAGCUUCAGGUCGAACGUGUUGACAGGGUCGGCUCCCCAGCAGGACUACGAUAAGCUGAAGGCACUGGGAGGGGAAAACUCCAGCAAAACGGGACUCUCCACGUCAGGCAAUAUGGAGAAAAACAAAGUUGUUAAGAGAGAAGCAGAAGCCAAUUCUAUAAACCUGAGCGUUUAUGAACCUUUUAAAGUCAGAAAAGCAGAGGAUAAAUUGAAGGAAAACACUGACAAGGUGCUGGAAAACAGAGUCCUGGAUGGGAAGCCGAGCUCCGAGAAGAACGACACUGGCCUUCCCGGCGUUGUGCCAUCAAAGACAAAGUCGUCCUCCAAGCUCUCGUCCUGCAUCGCUGCCAUCGCAGCUCUUAGCGCUAAAAAGGCGGCUUCAGACUCCUGCAAAGAACCAGUGGCCAAUUCGAGGGAAUCCUCCCCAUUACCAAAAGAAGUAAACGACAGUCCGAGAGCCGCCGACAAGUCUCCUGAAUCCCAGAAUCUGAUCGACGGGACCAAAAAACCAUCCCUAAAGCAACCGGAUAGUCCCAGAAGCAUCUCAAGUGAGAACAGCAGCAAGGGAUCCCCGUCCUCUCCUGCAGGGUCCACACCAGCAAUCCCCAAAGUCCGCAUAAAAACCAUUAAGACAUCUUCUGGGGAAAUCAAGAGAACAGUGACCAGGGUACUGCCGGAAGUGGAUCUUGACUCUGGGAAGAAACCUUCCGAGCAGACAGCAUCCGUGAUGGCCUCUGUGACAUCCCUUCUGUCAUCUUCAGCAUCAGCCGCCGUCCUUUCCUCUCCCCCCAGGGCGCCUCUCCAGUCCGCGGUCGUGACCAAUGCAGUUUCCCCUGCAGAGCUCACCCCUAAACAGGUCACAAUCAAGCCUGUGGCUACUGCUUUCCUCCCAGUGUCUGCUGUGAAGACGGCAGGAUCUCAAGUCAUUAAUUUGAAGCUCGCUAACAACACCACGGUGAAAGCCACGGUCAUAUCUGCUGCCUCUGUCCAGAGCGCCAGCAGCGCCAUCAUUAAAGCCGCCAAUGCCAUCCAGCAGCAAACUGUCGUGGUGCCGGCAUCCAGCCUGGCCAACGCCAAACUCGUGCCAAAGACUGUGCACCUUGCCAACCUUAACCUUUUGCCUCAGGGUGCCCAGGCCACCUCUGAACUCCGCCAAGUGCUAACCAAACCUCAGCAACAAAUAAAGCAGGCAAUAAUCAAUGCAGCAGCCUCGCAACCCCCCAAAAAGGUGUCUCGAGUCCAGGUGGUGUCGUCCUUGCAGAGUUCUGUGGUGGAAGCUUUCAACAAGGUGCUGAGCAGUGUCAAUCCAGUCCCUGUUUACAUCCCAAACCUCAGUCCUCCCGCCAAUGCAGGGAUCACGUUACCGACGCGUGGGUACAAGUGCUUGGAGUGUGGGGACUCCUUUGCACUUGAAAAGAGUCUCACCCAGCACUACGACAGACGGAGCGUGCGCAUCGAAGUAACGUGCAACCAUUGUACAAAGAACCUCGUUUUUUACAACAAAUGCAGCCUCCUUUCCCAUGCCCGUGGGCAUAAGGAGAAAGGGGUGGUAAUGCAAUGCUCCCACUUAAUUUUAAAGCCAGUCCCAGCAGAUCAAAUGAUAGUUUCUCCAUCAAGCAAUACUUCCACUUCAACUUCCACUCUUCAGAGCCCUGUGGGAGCUGGCACACACACUGUCACAAAAAUUCAGUCUGGCAUAACUGGGACAGUCAUAUCGGCUCCUUCAAGCACUCCCAUCACCCCAGCCAUGCCCCUAGAUGAAGACCCCUCCAAACUGUGUAGACAUAGUCUAAAAUGUUUGGAGUGUAAUGAAGUCUUCCAGGACGAGACGUCACUGGCUACACAUUUCCAGCAGGCUGCAGAUACGAGUGGACAAAAGACUUGCACUAUCUGCCAGAUGCUGCUUCCUAACCAGUGCAGUUAUGCAUCACACCAGAGAAUCCAUCAGCACAAAUCUCCCUACACCUGCCCUGAGUGCGGGGCCAUCUGCAGGUCGGUGCACUUCCAGACCCACGUCACCAAGAACUGUCUGCACUACACGAGGAGAGUUGGUUUUCGAUGUGUGCAUUGCAAUGUUGUGUACUCUGAUGUGGCUGCUCUGAAGUCUCACAUUCAAGGUUCUCACUGUGAAGUCUUCUACAAGUGUCCUAUUUGUCCAAUGGCGUUUAAGUCUGCCCCAAGCACACAUUCCCACGCCUACACACAGCAUCCUGGCAUCAAGAUAGGAGAACCAAAAAUAAUAUAUAAGUGUUCCAUGUGCGACACUGUGUUCACCCUGCAAACCUUGCUGUAUCGCCACUUUGACCAACACAUUGAAAACCAGAAGGUGUCUGUUUUCAAGUGUCCAGACUGUUCUCUUUUAUAUGCACAGAAGCAACUUAUGAUGGACCAUAUCAAGUCUAUGCAUGGAACAUUGAAAAGUAUUGAAGGGCCUCCAAACUUGGGUAUAAACUUGCCUUUGAGCAUUAAGCCUACAACUCAAAAUUCAGCAAAUCAGAACAAAGAGGACACCAAAUCCAUGAAUGGGAAAGAGAAAUUGGAAAAGAAAUCUCCAUCUCCUGUGAAAAAAUCCGUGGAAACCAAGAAAGUGGCCAGUCCUGGGUGGACGUGUUGGGAGUGUGACCGCCUGUUCAUGCAGAGAGAUGUGUACAUAUCCCACGUGAGGAAGGAGCACGGGAAGCAAAUGAAGAAACACCCCUGCCGCCAGUGUGACAAGUCUUUCAGCUCGUCCCACAGCCUGUGCCGGCACAACCGGAUCAAGCACAAAGGCAUCAGGAAAGUGUACGCCUGCUCGCACUGCCCAGACUCCAGACGUACCUUUACCAAACGACUGAUGCUGGAGAAGCACGUCCAGCUGAUGCAUGGCAUCAAGGACCCUGACCUGAAAGAAAUGACAGACGCCACCAAUGAGGAGGAAACAGAAAUAAAAGAAGACACCAAGGUCCCCAGUCCCAAGCGGAAGUUGGAAGAACCAGUUCUGGAGUUCAGGCCUCCCAGAGGAGCAAUCACUCAACCAUUGAAAAAGCUGAAAAUCAAUGUGUUUAAGGUUCACAAAUGUGCCGUGUGUGGCUUCACCACUGAAAACCUGCUGCAGUUCCACGAACACAUCCCUCAGCACAAAUCCGAUGGUUCUUCCUACCAGUGCCGGGAGUGUGGCCUCUGCUACACGUCUCAUGUCUCUCUAUCCAGGCACCUCUUCAUCGUACACAAGUUAAAGGAACCUCAGCCAGUGUCCAAGCAAAAUGGGGCUGGGGAAGAUAACCAACAGGAGAACAAACCCAGCCACGAGGAUGAAUCCCCCGAUGGCGCCGUGUCAGACAGAAAGUGCAAAGUGUGCGCAAAAACUUUUGAAACUGAAGCUGCCUUAAACACUCACAUGCGGACACACGGCAUGGCCUUCAUCAAAUCCAAAAGGAUGAGCUCAGCCGAGAAAUAGCCACAGAUGCUCCAUGAGGAAAAUCCCUGUCCACAUUGGAAUAAAAAAGACAUUUUUGUUACAAAAGGUUUGCAGUAUAAUAGAGUUAACAGUACUGUCUAGGCUGUUGCAAUAUAUUCUCUUUCAGCGUACCUUCCUUCACCUCGUCGUAUAUAUCCUCGAUAAGUAUUAAAACAGUAUUUGAGUUUCAAAGAGUUUGUAUAUAUUUAAAUGAAUAACUUUUUAUACUCUUUGUUACAUGUUUGUAUCAGUAUUUAGUGGAAAACCAUUUGAGUUGUUUUGGGUUAGAAUUUUUCUUUUUGUACUGUUUCUUUAAAACAGAGUUCUUAGUAACAGGGGCAGUUCCUGAAUUCAAAUAAACCAUUUUGUAUGUUUGGAUUUUGAAUGGGUUGACUAAUUACAGGCUAAAAUAAUGCCUUUUUUAGUGUUUUUAAUUUUUAGAAUUCACUACAUAAAUUGUAAGUAUUGUGGGUCUCAAAAACACUAGGAACUUUUAAGUGUCUUAGCACUUCCUCGAUGUGCCUGCCCUGAGGGAGUGAGUUCACAUUUGAGACAACUGCGCUCCACUGUGGGCCUGCCUUUGUCUUCAGGCCACGCCCAAGGGUGUUUAAAGUAGCCUUGCAGGUUGCUCCUUUCCCGGGGUGGAUAAAAACUGAAGCCAGGAAUCUAAUAAGGAAUGCUGAUUUCCUCAAUUCCAUUUUGAGGAAUGGGGAAGGCUAUUUUAAAGAAAAAAAAUGGGGCUGUUUUUCUGGGCAGAUCUGCAAGGCCGGCUUUAAGAGCACAAGGAGGGAAAGUAACGAAAGGGCUGGACUACUAUAAAAGUUACAAAUACGUAGUUAGACCAAUAGAUUUAUAUAGUCAGGUUUUUGUCAUGUAAUUUAUUAACUAUUACAGAAACACAACUAAGAAUAUCAAGUAUUUCUCUGGCUCUUGACAGAAAAAAAAUCAGUUGACUUAACCCUUUGCUGUCAAAAGAGUUGGUGUUUCCUGUUCUGGGUGCUACUGCCAAACGUUCUGGUACUUAGAGUCGGGAUGCACAACUUCAACCACCGACUUAUCAAUGCAGCCGCCUGUGUAUUGCAAUUGGCCGUUACCUUAAGCACUGAGCCACCCGGGUUUAGUUCAGCCAUUUCAAGAGUAUAUUUAACGUCGGUAGUUCUGCUUUAUUAAAAUGCAGCAGAGGUACUCUUCUGUCCCUUCCGUUUAUAGUUCUCUGAGAGAGUUCUAUUUUUUGGUUUCGUUUUGUGUUUUCUUUUGCAUUUUAUAUCUUGUAUUUAUCCCUGAACAUGUUUUGUACUUUUUUUUUUUUAAGAAAAGGAAUUCUUUUGUGUAUAUAUAGAUACUUGCAUGAUAUACUGUAGUCAACGUUCGGUUCCACGAAAGGUCUUGCUGCUGUCAGGUGUUAUGCACUCCAUCAUAACUGUAUGAAACACAUUUCAUAUGUAAAUAAACGUGGGACAUUUGGCCCUUGUGCUUCUGUGAGAGAGUUAUUGACGGUGGGUCUCUGACAUCUUUGUGAAGCUUGGGAAGUGAUUAAUUGCAGGGACAAGCUACAGGAUGUUGCAGAAUUCUUCCCACUCAGAAGAAUGGCAUAUUCGUUCUCAUUAGUAAUCAGCUAUUUUGUCACUUUCUCGUUGACUCCAUCAGUACAUCGGUACAAUCCGAGGGUGUGAAUUUCAGCUUGAAAUUCCAUUGCUGUUACUUGUUAUGGUUGUAUUGCUCUAAGUUGUAUUCAUAGCACUUUUAUGUUUCUGCAUUUGAACCUUGCAAUAAGCCUGUGUGGUAAGCCACAUAGGUCCGAAUAACCUACUUUUACAAUUGAGGAAGCUGAGCUCAGAUUCAGUUAUUUGCCGAAGCCCUCAUAGCUGGUAAGUGGCUUUGCAUAUUAGAACCCAAAUAUUUUGCUUUCUAAAUCUAAUGCUCGCUCUAUGUGGUUAUGUACAUAUUGACAAAUAUUCAUUUAUUCAACAAAUAAAAAGUAUGUACAAAACA